GUUAGAAAAGAAGGUAUUCUGAGUGUUAGAGAAGAUUUUCUCAUCAAAUUUAAUGGCCUUUUCACUCCAGCUCAAUCUCCAGCUCCUCGUGCUUUCCAUCUUGGUACCAGGAUUUGCAGGUUCUCCACACAGAAUACAGCACAAAAAUAAGGAGACAGCUGUAUUAGGAGGAAAUGUGACAAUUUUCUGCAAUCUAACAAUUCAAGCAGAUGUUGUGCAAAUUACCUGGCAGAAGGUCCAAGAUUCUUUGCCACAAAAUAUUGGCACGUAUAGCAGUAAAUAUGGAGAAAAGAUUCUUCCACCAUACAUAGAUCGACUGCACUGCAAGGUCAUCGAACCCAAUUCCUCAUUCAUCACUAUUCACAAAGUGACGUUUGAAGACGAAGCCUGCUACAAAUGUCUGUUUAAUGUGUUUCCUCAGGGCAGUCAGGAAGGACAAAUCUGCCUUACCAUCAUAACUGUAUCUGAAUUUAAAACUGAACUCCAGUCCAAUCUUGGCUCUGAAGAUUUUCUUAAAUUUACUUCCUCAGCUGUGGGGAAACCUGUUCCUCAAAUAUCUGUCUUUCCAUCACAAGUCUUAAUUAAUCCACCAAAAGAAUACCUUGUACACAACCCAAAUGGCACAGUGACUAUCACUAAAAUGUACAACAUCUCCUUGGAGACUGUGAGAUCCCUAAGACUCCAAAAACUGAUUGUGCACAUGGAUCAUCCUCAGAGGAAUGAAGAGAAGAUUGUCCCUUUGUCUCUCCAACAAGAAUGUACUUCUGUCUCUUCUUACAUGUGGCUGGUAAUUAUCCUCUUUAGUUUACUACAGGUAGUACUUAUCAUCCUUUAUAUCGUUUGGAGAAAGAAAAAAUGGAAAGGAAGAAAGAGAGAGAGAAAUGUGGAUGUGAAAAAGAGACGUCGAUCAUAUUUCUUCGCCAUGUGCCACACUCAGGAAUCAAACCCAGAGCCUGUGCAUAUGCCUCCACCAGGAUUGAACCAGGGAUCUUUAGAUUCACAAGAUGACGCUAAACCAACUUAGCUACACCACCCAUGGCUGAAAAUUAAGAUUUUAAUUAAAAAUUUUGAAAUU